AUGAAGAGCGAACAAAAUGAAAAAAUAAUGGACUACUUGUCGUGCACCCUAGACGAUGUAGUUGAUAGGGAGAAAAAAAGCGGAAAAAAUAGUCUUUUAAAUUUAAAGAAUUCCAAAAAAUAUGAUUAUAAAUCCAAGUUUUUUAGUAAAAAAGACCUAACACAAAGUAGCUCAGGUUAUCGAGGCAGAGGAGGAGGGGGUGGAAGGUCAAAAUUUACGAGCAGUAGAAGACCAGGAAGUUUUAAGAAGCCCUUCUUUAGCAAAAGAUUAAUUGAUAAAAAAUAUAAUAGUUACAAAAGUAGAAAAUUUUACUCAGGGCCAAGCAGAGAUUAUUUUAAAGGUAGACCAAGUACUUAUAAUUCCCAUUACGCAUAUGACAGUCAUAAUAUUCCCUAUAAUAAUAAAAAUUUCGUCAAUAGGAAAAAUAUAAUUAGUAGUGUUAAAUCUUCUGGAACUACAUACAUGGGUGUUACUAGCAGUGCAAAUAGCUAUAAAACUGUACAAGUUCCAAGACACAAAUUAAGCAACUUAAAUAUAUCCCUUUAUCGUAAUAAGAGAACCGUUGCUGUGAGCAGUAAUCGACCUACCACCAAUCUCUCGGUAAGAAGAAAUAACGUCAGCACGGUUAACAAAAGUAAAGUGGUUAAAAAGGGAAUACAAAAGACUACCAUCAAAGCGAAGACCAGAAAAACUAUCAACGGAUCUAAGUUUAAACCGUUAAAUAAAUACUUUUUGUCAAAAAUUAAAAUUGUUACGUCGUUAAAUAAAAUACCAUCCCCGCUGAAGGAACAGAAGGACACGGAGGUUAAUCUCCCGGAGUCUUUGAAUAAUCCCAGUGCGAGAAAGGAUUAA